UUUCGAUCGUCCUUCUUCCCGUUGAGGCAGUGGGUUUCGGUCGACCACGACACCUGCUAACCGUUCCUAAUAUUUGUCCACCCACAAAUUAACACAACAUGGAUGACUUUGACAUGCUCAACGCACCCUCCGCUGGAAACGGUGUGGGUUCGGAGGAGGACCCCGCUGCCGCUUUCUUGGCCCAACAGGAGAGCGAAAUCGCGGGGAUUGAAAACGACGAAGGCUUCAGCAUCCUGGACGGCGGAGAGGUACCAUCUUCGCUAGGGGACUCUAACGAUGGCACUGUCAACGGAGAGCUUCAUGGGGAAAGCAACGGUCCAUCAGACGCCUAUGCAGCUAUUUCCAAUGCAGACCGGCUGCAGGCUGAACCUGAAAGCCUACGCAAGUGGAGGGAGGAGCAAAGAGAGAGGCUGGAGAUGCUAGAUGAUAACUCUCGCAAGCAGGAAUCUGAAUGGAAGGAGAAAGCCAAGGUUGAGCUUGAGGAGUGGCACGCUAGGCAAAACGAGCAGCUGGAGAAAACCAAAACCAACAACAGGGUGCUGGAUGAAGACUUCUACAAGCAGCCCUUCUCUGAGCUCAUUGGUUAUGUCACACACAUUAACCAUCCUUGCUACCGCCUAGACCAGGCAGCUGAGGAGGCCAUGAUUUCAGAUCUGGAUGAGAACAACCCUGGCACAGAGUGGGAGCGGGUGGCUCGACUGUGUGACUUCAACCCCAAGUCAAGCAAGCAGGCUAAAGAUGUGUCCCGCAUGCGCUCCGUCCUCAUCUCCCUGAAGCAGUCCCCACUAGUCCGCUAGAAAGCCAAAGUGGCUCAGGGUGUCAUUCCAUAUCAUUCUCAUCAAACAUCAAACCAAGUACUGAUAUCCCAGCAUUUGUUUUCUGAAGAUUAGGGGGACUACAACCCCCUCUGUUCAUAUCAGUUUGCCAUGCACAGCCCUGUGGAAGGACAUGGUCAGUAGUCUUGUCCUGGACUAUCUCCUGCUCACAGGGCUGUAGAGAUUAUCCAAGAAGAACCAGCUCAUCAUUUCCCCACAUGAAAGUUUUCACCUGUGUGCACCUCCUUCACAGACCAAUUAAGAGCGCUUAAAUCCCCCUCCCAUCAGAUUAUCCCCAUUAAACCAACAAACAGGUCUCAUGGUCUGUAGAGUUGUGUAACACUUGUGCGAUUAUGGUGAGCUGGGACACUAAAAGGGAAGGGCUGAUUGUUUGGGCCUCCAGCUACACUACAACCUGAAAACAUGGCCCCCCCAAACAAUAUCACUCCCACAAUGCUGUACUCUAACUCUCCUACCUGUAAAUCUAGCACCCCCCACUUCCAGUGAGGUAUGAUUGAUGUGUAACUGUUCGUAUUUUUCCUCCAGCACAUCACCUCAUGGUAUGUCCUCAUAAAACGAAUGAUCAGUGAUCUCUAGAGCUUUUCUUUGUUGUUUUUUUAAAGGACCAAACUCAAGACAGAACUCCAAAUUCAGUGUGUGUACUUUGAACUGUGUGUAGAUCCCUCGUGUGGAAUAUUGUGUACAAUUUUCCAAUCUAUGCAUUUCCUUUUGAAAAGCCUCUCUCUUCUCCAGUCAGGAACUGAAAAAAGUCCAGUAAUUACAAUAAAUGUGACUCGUCUCUGUGUUAAACCUCAGCUGUGUGUAUGUACUCUAUGCGUGUACCUAUGUACAUAUACAGAAGGCAAUAUAUAUACAGUAUAUAAAAUGUUCAUGUCACUGAAAAAAUACACUUGUGGUUUUAAAGAGAAAUAGAUAUUAGCCAGCUGUUGCUUGACCAUCUGUGUUCAUUGUCCAUUUGAUUUCAGUAUCAGUAAAAUCUUGAUCAAU